GGACGCAGCCGAAGACGUUCGGGUCAAACUAGAACCAGACGGCGACGUGGAGAUCGGGUCGUACCCCGUCCUCAGGAAGCUGUCCAUCAGACUGACGGACUGCAGGGUGUGGCUGGAGGGGCGGGACUUCCUGUCUCUGGACGAUCACCCUCAGCUCUGGAACCAGAGGCAGUGUCACCCGACCAACACGGGCAGAAAGAUGGUCUACUGCUCUGAGUGCAAGAAAGGGUUCUAUAAGGAGUCUCACCUGGAGGCCCACCUGAGGACCCACCGGGGACAGAAACCCAACCAGUGCUGGCAGUGUGGGAAGACCUACCCGACCCUGAUGAGCCUCGUUCUCCACCAGCAGAUCCACGACCGCCAGGAGCCCUACCAGUGCUCGUACUGCGACAAGACCUUCGCCCUGAAGAGGGACUGGAAGACCCACCAUCGAACGCACUCGGGGACCAAACCCUUCAAGUGCUGGUUCUGUGGGGACGGCUUCAGCGAGCAGGACGAGCUCACGGAGCAUCUGGAGCUGCAUAAGGGGGAGAAGUGCUACCACUGCAAAGUCUGCAAUAAGAUGUUCGUCUCCUACCAGGGCUUCAACUUCCACCGCAAGUCGCACAAGAACCAGAAGCUUCUGCCCUGCCUGAAGUGCAAGAAGACCUUCAGCAACCCUCAGAGUCUGAAGCUCCACCAGGUCACCCACUCCAACAGGAAGCCGCACAAAUGCCCCACAUGUGGCAAAGGCUUCAAGCUGCUGAGCGGCAUGCGCUGCCACCAGAGGACCCACGAGGACCUGAAGGACUACCACUGCACCGAGUGCGGCAAGUGCUUCUCCAGCCUGCAGGGCCUGAAGCUGCACAACCGCACGCACACUGGACUGAAGCCCUACAAGUGCACCGAGUGCGGGAAGAGGUUCACGCAGUCGCCCCACCUCAAGUCUCACAUGGUCACCCACACCGGAGAGCGGCCGUUCCUCUGCCUCACCUGCGGGAAGAGGUUCACCCAGUCGUCCCACCUGAGGUCUCACAUCACGCUGUUCCACGUGGGCGAGAAGCCGUUCACCUGCGACGACUGCGGGAAGAGCUUCACCAUCGCUCACUACCUGAAGAUGCACCGGCUGAGCCACACCAAGGAGAAGCUGUACCAGUGCUCGUACUGCGAGAAGGCCUUCUCCUACCACAACUCCUGGAGGGCCCACGAGAGGAUCCACACCGGAGAGCGCCCGUUCAGCUGCCAGGACUGCGGCCAGAGCUUCAUCACGUCGGGCUCGCUGCUAAGCCACCAGAGGUCCAAACACACCGGAGAGAAGAGCCACUACUGCAUCACCUGCGGGGAGUUCUUCUUCACCAGCUCGCUGCUGCGGGUCCACCAGCUCGACCACACGGGUGAGCGGCCGCACGCCUGCAGCUGUGGCAAGACGUUCAAAACCAAAGGAGUGCUGCGCUACCACCUGAAGAGGUUCACCGAGCACCAGCCGGCUGAGUGAAACACCUCCUCUGGCAUUCUUUAAGACAUUGAGCACCAAAAAAGACUGACACUUCCUGAGGAUAUCAUUGUCUCUGAACAUCACAAUAAACCUCCACUCGAGGUGUGUUCCCACCAAACACUAAAUCCUCCCUUUAAGCAGUACGAGUACAAAAUAAUCCGAUUUUACUACUUUACAUAGUAAAGUAAAACCCACAGCUGGACUCAGUAACAGACAGAUUUCCUCUCUAACCUCUAACCGCUCUCGGUGUCGAUGUGUCGAUCAUAAAGCUCUCGGUGCUGUUUUCUAAUUCAUCAUUUUAUUCACGUUUGGUGGGAACACAUCUUUUUUUUUUUUAGUUUCAUUUAGUACCAAACUAAUGAAUGAAAGUUGUUUGUAUAUCCAUGAUACAAUGCUAAUAGCUGCUAACGGUAGCUGCUAACGGCUAAUUCAGCCAUUGUUAAUGGAGACUGACUACAUGUGAACUCAUACAGGUGGUUUUCUGUUGUAUUUUUUGUCGUUUAACAUUAACUUUCUUUAGUUUUUUACAGAUAAUGAAAUGAUAUCAAUGAUUUGAAGGUCUCCUCCUCCCAGCUGCUCGCUCUGCUGACUUUAUGGAAAACAAACUGAUGUAACACUAAUCAGUGAUGAUCCACUGUUUGUGUCAGAAACACUUUUAUUUCUUUAUGAUUAGAAUCAAACUGAAAGAGAAACUGCUGUUUGAUGUUAAAGGAACAUUUUGUUGA